GGAGAAUUGGCCCGUCACUCCUGUCGAAAAGGACAGACGGAGGAAAAAAGAUAGCGUGAAGAAGAAGCAAGAAGAAGUCGGCUGAAACAAACCCGGCAAACCGCCUCUUUUCACCAUGGAGCAGAUAAAGUCGGCGGAAUUAACAAAACACCUGGAUAAGAUCAAUAUCCCGCGUAUCGGCGAUAGGAUAUACAAGGACGAGUGCGUUUACUCCUUCGACACGCCAGAUGCGACUACUGGCCUCUACGUUAGCCUCACUACCUUCGUGGGCCUCGGACGGGAGCACGUUGUUCGGUAUUACGAGAAUACCGGCAAUCCCGUGUACCUUCACAUCAAACGUACUAAGAAGGAGAUUCCAUCUGAAGAGCAGGGAGAUGGGCCUGAAAAGAAAAUCACGCGAUUGGCGAUAGGAACAGUUGGUGGAUUCAUGCCUGAUCAACAGAAGUAUGUCUAUGAGGAGAUCUAUCAAAUAGUCAUUCUACCUGAUUUUCUUACUAUUCCCUACCCGACGAGUGAUUUGCCUGAAAAGGUGGAACAUGCAGUUAAGACUGUGCUACAAAUGGAGGGUGCAUGGGCAGUGGCGCAAGUAGAAGCUGUAGCCAGUAUGUGGGAUGGAGAAAUUAGAAUGGAAUCCAAGCAUGCCGCAGAUCUGAAGCAGCUAGACAAUGGCAAGAAGAUUCCGCCAAGUGGUUGGAAGUGCGAGAAAUGUGAUCUUACGCAGAAUCUCUGGCUUAAUCUGACCGAUGGCAGUGUGCUCUGCGGCCGCAAGUUCUAUGACGGAAGCGGUGGCAACGGUCACGCGGAGGAGCAUUAUCGCUCGACUGGUUAUCCUCUGACUGUGAAGCUGGGCACGAUCACGAAGGGCGGUAAGGCCGACGUAUUUUCGUAUGACGAGGACGAUAUGGUGGACGACCCGAAUCUAGCGGAGCAUCUGUCGCACUGGGGCAUCAACAUCGCGCAGAUGGAGAAAACUGACAAGUCGAUGAUUGAACUGGAAUUGGAUCUGAAUCAAAAGUUCGGCGAGUGGGUGUCUCUCCAGGAAGCAGCUAGCAAAUUAACACCGUUGUACGGUUCCGGCUACACUGGGCUGACCAAUUUGGGGAAUUCCUGUUACCUGAACAGCGUCAUGCAAAUGUUGUUCAUUAUUCCUGAUUUCGUUGAAAGAUAUGUAGAAAAAGCUCCAAGAAUAUUCGCUAAUAAUUUCAAUGACCCUGCGUCGGACAUUAAUGUUCAAAUGGCGAAAUUGGGUAUUGGUUUACUCUCUGGCAAAUACUCGGAUCAACCAAGCAAAUCCAGCACAGAUGAUGAGUCGCGGCAGGGUAUUCCGCCGCGAAUGUUCAAAGUUCUGAUAGGUCGCGGACACCCCGGCUUCUUCUCGAAUCGACAGCAAGACGCUCAGGAAUUCCUCCUUUACCUAAUUAAUCUACUCAGUCGUAACACUCGACACGAAGUGUGCCCCACGGAAUGCUUUAAAUUUAAAGUCGAGGAGAGAUACCAAUGUGGCAAAUCUAACAAGGUCAAGUAUACCAAUCGCCCGGAAUAUAUCCUGCCACUGCCAAUACCAUUGGAAGCGGCAGUAAAUAAGGACGAGGUAGCUGCAUACGAAGCUCAAAAGAAGGAAGCUGAAGCGAAAGGACAAAAGCUAGAUUCCAGUUCCCUUGUGAGACCACGUAUAAAAUUAUCGUCGUGUCUCGAAAGUUUCAGUCGCACGGAAAUCGUGGAACAAUUUUACAGUUCGGCGUUGAAUGAGAAAACGAUAGCACACAAAACCACUAGACUGGCCAGCUUCCCGGAUUACUUGCUGAUUCACCUGAAGAAGUUUACGGUGAAGGAAGACUGGACACCCAUCAAGCUUGAUGUGGCAAUAGAGAUGCCGGACACAGUAGACCUAAGCUUCCUGCGUGGAAAUGGUUUACAGCCCGGCGAAGAACUGUUGCCAGACGGCGCGACACCGCCACCACCUGUUUAUAAUGCGAUUCUUCUAAAGGAACUGACGGACAUAGGUUUCCCACCAAACGCCUGUAAACGAGCCUUGUACUUCACAGAGAACCGCAGCCUCGAGGCUGCUAGUAAUUGGGUGAUGGAGCACAUCGCGGAUUCCGACUUCGACGAUCCAUUUAUACCGCCUGGAGUUGACGUUAAAUCUGGCCAGGAUAAAUUUGUUGCGGAUCAAGCUGCUUUGGAAAUGGUCAUGGGCAUGGGCUUUACACGAGAACAAGCAACGAAAGCACUGAAGGCAACCAACAAUAAUUUAGAGCGCGCGGCCGAUUGGAUUUUUAGUCACCAGACCGAGCUCGAUGCCCCAGAAAUAGACAGUAACCCGGCGCCAGCAAAGGAGUCGUUUAGAGACGGAAACAGUCGAUACAAACUAGUUGGCUUUAUAUCGCAUAUGGGCACAUCGACGAUGGUGGGCCACUACGUUUGUCACUUACUAAAGGAAGACCGAUGGGUGAUAUUUAAUGACGAAAAAGUGGCUUUAUCGGAAAACCCGCCGAAAGAAUUAGGAUACAUUUACAUGUAUCAACGAAUCGACUAGUGUAACUGCUGUUUUGUAUAAAAAUGUUGCUUUUCAACAAUAAAAAAAUGAUGCAAACGCA